AACAACCCGAUGGAGAAAGAGAGAUCACACUCGUCCUCCCCUUCUCUCACGCUCAAUUCGUAAUAAUUUCCAAAUUGAUUUUUUUUUUUAUUUUUGACAUUUCUUCGUUUGUCCAUUUCACUCCAUUCCAUAGAACCAUUCAAGCCGGCGCCCUUUACCCAAUUCCCACUCCAUCACCAGCCCACCGCCUCUCUCCAUAUCUAACACCUUCUCCCAAUCCUCCGGGUCUCAAUUCUGGAUUUGGCCGACUCCGCGUUUGGAUUUCUCAUCACUCCGACAGCUAGAAAGCUUGUGACUUUAGCUCGCAGCCGACGUGGGCCGGCUUAAUUCCGAUCGUUUGUUGCCGGGUCUUGAUCUGAUUCCCGGUCGGCGCUCUCUGUCACGAAGGAGGAAUCCAAUUCCGGGGUUCUUCCAUGCGAUUAGAUUAAGAUUCUGAUCGCUGGGAGCACCCGGGACUUGAAAUUCUCGCCGAUUGGCGAUGUGGGAGUGUUCGAUUGGGGAUCUUUCUUGGUGGGAAUUGAUCUGAUUCCGCUGGGGAGUUUGGUAUCGGAGACUAGGUUUCGACUUCCGUUGGGUUGUUCUUGAAAUGGUCUAUUUGCACAACUCAAUCUCUGUUUGCAAGAAUCCCGUCGACCAAUUCACUCUCAUGGGGAGCUCCGCGAGCUCGACCGAUAAAUCCCGGACCAGAAAGGGCGCCCCGGCCUCGAGCUGCCCCAGAACUAUGCCCUGCCACGGGUCCCGAUGGGCUGCGAUCGAUGUUGUGAUCUUGAUAGCCGUGGUCGGCGCGUGCGGGUUCUUGCUGUACCCGUAUGCCAAGUUUAUACUUGUCUGGCUGAUGGGGGCUGUUGGGACUGUGGCUUACGUGGUCAAGGAGGAAUUCUGCGAGGAGCCAUUGAUUUACGGGUGCGUCGGGAUAGGUGUUUCUUGCUCUGCAUUGGCCACUUGGGGGCUUGUGAUGUGUUUCACGGGCCGAAAGUGCAGUAAUCCUAGGUGCAGGGGUCUUAGGAAGGCUGCGGAGUUCGAUAUUCAGCUGGAGACCGAGGAUUGUUUGAAGAAUUCGAGCUCGACCAAGGAAUGGUCAAGGAAGGGCCUGUUUGAGUUGCCCCGAGACCACCACCGGGAAUUGGAGGCCGAGCUAAAGAAGAUGGCCCCACCUAACGGAAGGGCCGUUCUUCUUUUCAAGGCGAGGUGUGGGUGCUCUGUUGGUAGGUUGGUGGUUCCAGGGCCGAGACGAGUAAGAAAGAUCAAGAAGUAGGAAAAAAAAAGAAGAAGAAUAAUAUGUUCUUUAGCAGAAAGGGUAUCAAUAAAGCUGCUAAUUAGUUGUAGUUAGUUUUAUAAACAGUAUGUUACAUGGAAUAAGCUUUUGUGAUCACAGAUACAGGCCUUAAUAUAUACAUCCGGUUAUUGCGAUUGAGCUCUUCGAUUAA